CGAUUAAUACGGCCACACUUUUAUCUAGCGCGUCACUUGAUUUAAAAAAUUUCCAAACCAAACGUAAAUUCCAGUACAUAAAUCAACCUGAAUUGUGAUAAAAACCGAGAAAUUGGAACUUAAAAAGCAAUUGCAGUGUUUGCCAAUUGAUUCAGCACCACGGGGACAGUUGCGACAUCGAAUCCGCAGGAGCCGCCUUCGACGGUCGAAAAAAGAGACGCCAAGUUCCGCAGCGCGCACUUCGCCUUUCCAUUGCAUCGAAAUUCCUGGAAUUUCCAGGCGCGGACACGAUGAGCAAGGACAUUUACUACUCCGACAAGUACUACGAUGAGCAGUUCGAGUACAGACAUGUGGUUUUGCCAAAGGAGCUGGUCAAAAUGGUGCCCAAGACCCAUCUGAUGACGGAGGCCGAGUGGCGAUCAAUUGGCGUGCAGCAGUCGCGCGGAUGGAUCCACUACAUGAUCCAUAAGCCGGAGCCCCACAUCCUCCUGUUUCGGCGACCCAAAACGGAUUAGAUAACCGGCGGUAGUAGCAGUAGCAACAACAACUGCAUCAGAUACACAUACUUCGAAACCACAUAGCCUGUAGCACAUACCUAUAUAUCCGGCAGCUGCUGCCGAUAUUCUGUAUUGGCGGUGGUGGUGGUUGCUGCCAAACAACCAACUGUUGCACAAACAUCAACAUUAUCAUCAUCAUCAUUAUCAUAGGUACUCAGGAAUCCCCUAGAAACUACUUAUUGUUUGUGCUGUUUGUGCUUUGUAAUACUCUCUUUUUAACAUGUUUGCCCCGCAUUAUCCCCUUCUAUUUAUAUAGCACCUAGAGCUAAUGAUAAGUUUGCCAUUUUCGUACACCUUAGUGCUGGGAGAUAUUUCUGAGGCAGCGUUUUCUUAAUUAUUCCUCAAGCUCCCACGAAUUUUACCAUGUUGCCAUUUCGAAACGGAAGCGAAAAGAAGAAUUUUGCUCACUUCUUAUAAGCUUAAAUGAAAUCUGAUUUGUGAUCUUGAAAUUCUUAAUCAAUAAUACACAUAAUAUAAUAAACUUAAAAUAAAUAUGUUUAAUGUAUGGAGA